UUGACCUCACAGACUCUGCUUUCUUCUCCAUUAUCCCUUCGUAUCUUUUUGUCCUUCGUCGGUCAUGGCUUUCUCAGCGACAGCUUCGCGUCUCAUCCCCAUCCUCCUCGGUUUUCUCGCCCUAUCCAUCUCCGCCACGGCUAGACCUUGCAGAACCACCUUUGUCUCCUCCUACUCUGUCUCAUUUAGGCUCCAUUCCUCCGCCGCAACCCUCACCACCUUCAAAGAGAUCAGAUCCUUCGUCCCCCUGGACGUCGUCGGAAAUAACGACAAUAACUAUGAUAAUCCCUCUCUUGCGGCUGAGAUCUUCUUCGAUGGCGCCCUCUCGGGCCGCCGCUUCGAGGAGGACGAAAAUGAGACUGAAAUUGAGCCAUGGCGGUCACAUAUGAGAGCCCCCUUCGGAUUUUCGUCCCAUAAUUCCAGCUCGUUCCGUGAUCGCACUAAGGACAUUGUGAGCGUUGUUCUGGCGCUACUCUUCGGCGUCGCAGGUGGGGCUCUCACUGCGAUAGGUUUGUACUUAAUAUGGUCUGUGUUAUCUGACCGCUAUUAUUAUCGCGAUUCUUACGAUAAUUAUGUCGAUGAUGACGAAGAAAUCGAUAGCCCUAAGAAAACGGGGUACGUGAAGAUUCCGGCCUUUGAAUCUGCGCCUGCACCAGCCAAGGAAUCGGUAUGAAUUGAGGAUAAUAGACAUUUGCAUCUGGUGAUUGUAGUUUUUGAACCUAAUUGUGAGAGUAUGAUCUCAAUAAUAUUAGUUAACUAGAAGAUGGGCAAACUUUUCGCCUGAAUUGGUGUUUUUAAUUGCAUGUUUAUUCGUUUUUGCUCAUGAGACAUGAUCACUACUCUGGAAUCUCGUCAGUUGUAUUUUCGGCUACCAGUUCCUUGCUAACCUGAGCGUUGAUGAUAUUAUCUGCUCACUAUGAUAUUCUG